AGUCUGAGUGUGCGGCGGGCUCUAGGACCCUGCGCGCCUCUCUCGCCGGACUCUCUCCGCGGGCUGGAGUCUCUCUCUGUGGGGAGUGCAGUGGAGGAGAGGCGAGGACACGCUCGUGCUCAUCAAAACACUUUUACCUGUUUUCUGCGGGAUUAAAGUAGCACCCGAGGCAGCGAGCUCCUCCACAGCAAUGCGCCGGAGCCCUCAGUGAAACCCAUCUCGGCGACCCGUGUGAAGAGGCUUUACGCUGGCCGGAUCGAAGCACUCGGUGGAUCUGGAUAGACUGACGGCCGGAGAGCAUGAUGACAGACGUGGUGAUCGUGAAGGAGGGAUGGCUCCACAAGCGAGGAGAGUACAUAAAGACCUGGAGGCCGCGCUAUUUCUUGCUGAAGAGUGACGGUACGUUUAUCGGCUAUAAGGAGCGACCGCAGGACGUGGAUCAGCUGGAGACGCCGUUAAACAACUUCUCCGUGGCACAGUGUCAGCUGAUGAAGACGGAGCGACCCAAACCAAACACAUUCAUCAUACGCUGCCUGCAGUGGACCACUGUCAUAGAGCGCACCUUCCACGUGGAGAGCCCCGAUGAGCGAGAUGAAUGGACCAAAGCCAUCCAGACCGUGUCCGACAGUCUUCAGAAACAAGAGGAGGAGCUGAUGGAGGCGUCUCCUAACCACAUGGACAUGGAGAUGUUCCUGACCAAACCUCGGCUCAAAGUGACUAUGCACGACUUCGAAUACCUCAAACUUCUGGGAAAAGGCACUUUUGGGAAGGUGAUUCUGGUGAAGGAGAAAGCAACGGGAAAAUAUUACGCCAUGAAAAUCCUCAAGAAAGAAGUGAUUGUAGCCAAAGAUGAAGUGGCUCACACACUCGCAGAGAACCGUGUGCUGCAGAACUCCAAACACCCCUUCCUCACGGCUCUGAAGUACUCUUUCCAAACCCACGACCGCUUGUGUUUCGUCAUGGAGUACGCCAACGGAGGAGAGCUCUUCUUCCACUUGUCACGAGAUCGGGUUUUCUCGGAGGAUCGCGCGCGCUUCUACGGAGCAGAGAUCGUGUGUGCGCUCGAUUACCUGCAUUCAGAGAGAAACGUGGUCUACAGAGACCUGAAGCUGGAGAACCUGAUGCUGGAUAAAGACGGUCACGUAAAGAUCACUGACUUCGGCUUGUGUAAGGAGGGAAUCACAGACGGAGCCACGAUGAAGACCUUCUGUGGAACUCCGGAGUAUCUGGCUCCUGAGGUGCUGGAGGACAAUGAUUACGGUCGUGCGGUGGACUGGUGGGGUUUAGGAGUGGUGAUGUAUGAGAUGAUGUGCGGUCGUCUGCCGUUCUAUAACCAGGAUCACGAGCGUCUGUUUGAGCUCAUCCUGAUGGAGGACAUCCGCUUCCCCCGAACCCUCGCACCCGACGCCAAAUCCCUGCUGUCCGGCCUGCUCAAGAAAGACCCCAAACAACGGUUAGGGGGCGGCACGGACGAUGCCAAAGAAAUCAUGCAGCACAAGUUCUUCACUGGAAUCGAGUGGCAAGACGUUUACCAGAAGAAGCUGGUUCCUCCGUUCAAACCGCAGGUGACUUCAGAGACAGACACCAGAUAUUUCGACGAGGAGUUCACAGGACAGACCAUCACCAUCACGCCGCCGGGACAAGAUGACAGUAUGGAGUCGUUCGACAGCGAGAGGAGGCCACACUUCCCACAGUUCUCCUACUCGGCCAGCGGGACGGCGUAAACGCACACAACCGCUCUGAGACCCAGCACUGCACCGGUUUACCACGUUUACCACGUUUACCGCGUCUGGAUCUGUGAUGUUCGUCCGUUUCUUCUGUGGCCUUUGAGUUCAUGAUGUUUUCUGAGGAUGUGAGAGGGAACACUAACAUUUCCGCUCGAGCUGAUGGUGUAGCACUUCUUUAAUCCGGAAACUAACGGCAUGCCAAAUAUUCCUGUGUUUACAUAAAAAACAACAAUUUUAUGAAGUGACCAAUGGAGACGUACAGCAGAGUGUCAGCUUUUGUACGAAUAUCCAGAAUGUAACUCUGCUACAUUUUUACCAAUUGUCCCCCGAAGUAUUUUCAGACUAAAUUUGCAUCUAAUGUGCAAUAUAGUAGAAAUGUAGAUAAAUUAUUUUUUGCAAUUUUUCAAAUGAUCGAAUUCCAUUUAACGCACCAAAUUAACUUAUUAACCCCCCAGUGAUGUAGGAAGGGAGGCGAAGCAGUCUGGAAUAUUUCUGAAUCAUAUUUCAAUCAAAAAGAAAACUGAGCAAUUGUAUUUAAGAAAAUAAAGCCUGUUUUUAGGACCAAAAUAUAAAGAGAAUCAAAUGAGAAUAAAAAAUCGAAUGUAUGCAUGAGAAUUUAGAGUUUAAAUGUGUCUCUAAUCCUAAUUCAUGACAUUAUGCAUUUUUAUAAAAUUGAGUUAUUGUUUCUAUUAGUGAAAACAAUGGCUUUUUUUUUUUUUUUUUUUUUUUUUUGCAUGUUACCUUUCCGUUUUUGGCAUUUAAUACAUUUAAAUAUGGCAUCAAAAUAUGGAGGCAUGUUUCUGCCAUAAUAAAAAAAAUAAAUUAAAUUGCACAUUUUUAUCUCAUAUAUAUUUACAUCUUAAUUCUGACGCUGUUUCUCACAAUUCUGAUUUUUAUUCUCAUAAUUUUGAGAGGAAAAAACAAUUCAGAAUGGCCAGAUAGAAUCUCACAACUGCAAGAAAAAAUGUCAGAAUUGUAUGAUAAAAUAUAACAGUUACAUGUUUAUUCUGUAUAUUCCGUCGCUCAAACCAAAAAAAAAAAAAAAAAAAAAAGCAAAAAAAAAUUAAAGGCAGUUUUUUAAUAUAACCCCAGUAAAAAAAAAAUUGUUAUGAGAAUAAAGAUCUGAAUUGUGAGAAAAAGCCUCAGUUAGCUUUCUUAAUCCACAGUGAAACUAGCUUCCAUAUAAAAGCUGUUAAACCAUCAUCACACGUUUUAAAGUAAAUAUAAUGGAGGAUGCUACCGGGGCAUGUUGUCACAAAAGCUCAACAAGCAUAGAAUCAGAAAUUGCUUUUCUAAAUAAAUCCAUCCUUGGUUUAAAUGUGCUAUUGGUCCUUAAACAGGCUUGAUUUGUCCUCUAUGUGAGCUGGAUGUGUUUCCACGACUCACUAAUGUAUAGAGUCUAAAGGAUUUCUCCGUCUCAUCGAGGUUUUUCACGAAUGUUGCACGAACCUCAGCGAGGUACUUCAGCGACUGAUCAACAGCUACGAGUCCGAGCGACCCUCGAGGUCAAAUACACCUCGCCACUGUUAGAAAUGACUGUUUUUUAGCUUCGGUUCCUUCGUUAUUUAUAUAUUAACAGAUAGAAAUAUUUUGUGCUCCACACACACAGACACACACUCACACAGAGACACAAACACACACACACAGACAGACAGACACUCACACACACACACACACACACACACGCACAAUCACACACACUCACACGCACACACACACUCACACACACACACACACACACACACACACACACACACAGAGACACACACACACAGAGACACACUCACACACACACACACACACGCACACACAGAGACACACACACACACACGCGCACACACACACACACACACAGAGACACACUCACACACACGCACACACACACACACACACGCACACACACACACACACAGACACACUCACACACACUCACACACGCACACACACACAGAGACACACUCACACACACUCACACACACACUCACUCACACACACACACAGAGACACAAACACACACACACAGACAGACAGACAGACACUCACACUCACAGACGCACAAUCACACAGACUCACACACACACACACACACACACACACGCACUCACACACACACACACACACACGCACUCACACAAUCACACACACGCGCACAAUCACUCACACUCACACAGACACACACACACGCGCACACACACUCAGUUGUACACUCAAGUGUUUUAAAGGUAAUUUAAAGCAACAUCGGUGUAAAUAUCAAGCAAAUGUCACGAUGUAAUCAGCACGGCCACAAACACGAUCUUUGUACAGAUGUGAAAAUCUGUUGGCAGGUUAUUAUUAUUAUUAUUAUUAUUAUUAUUAUUGUGAAGCUCUGAUCAUCGCUGAUAUGAUGUGUAAUAAUCACCAUACGUACAUGAAUGUAAAGGCCUUUCCUCUCUGUUCACCUUAUGACCUUAUUUUAUAUGCAAAACUAUCUCUUCCUGUUUUUAGAUCUGAUGUUUCAUAUGAAUUAUGCUCUUUCAUACUCUCGGGAAGAUAUUUGACUUUUUUAUCCUUUCAUUUUGUUGUCUUUUUUAACACGUGAACUAAAGAACACCAGCUUUAGGAUACAAAUAAUAUUCCAUUUGUAUACACUGUUCAACUGUUUUUAUGAUUUUAGAAUUUUUUUGUUCAUUGAAUUGAUCAAAUAAAGUUUUGGCUGAACUGCA